CGGAAGGACCCCGUCCUCCUGCAUCCGCUUUAGGCUCCGCCCCGGACGCGGCGCGCUGAUCGCAGAAGAGGCACAUGUCCUACUGAAUGGAGCUGGUCGCAGGUUGUUACGAGCAGGUCCUUUUUGGAUUCUCUGUACGCCCGGAGCCCAAGGCGAGCGGCGACCACCAGCAGAAAUGGACUCCUGUGGCUGACUUCACGCACCAUGCCCACACGGCCUCUUUGUCAGCCGUGGCUGCAAAUAGUCGUUUUGUAGUCACUGGGAGCAAAGAUGAAACAAUCCAUAUUUAUGACAUGAAAAAGAAGAUAGACCAUGGGGCUCUAGUGCAUCACAAUGGCACAAUAACUUGCCUGAAAUUCCACGGCAACAGGCACUUAAUUAGUGGGGCGGAAGAUGGACUCAUUUGUGUCUGGGAUGCAAAGAAAUGGGAGUGCCUGAAGUCGAUUAAGGCACACAAAGGACAUGUGACCUUUCUUUCUAUUCACCCAUCUGGCAAGUUGGCCCUGUCUGUGGGAACAGAUAAGACAUUAAGAACAUGGAAUCUUGUGGAAGGAAGAUCGGCAUUCAUAAAAAAUAUAAAACAGAAUGCUCACAUCGUGGAAUGGUCCCCGAGGGGAGAGAAGUAUGUAGUUGUCACACUGGAUAAAAUAGAUGUCUAUCAUCUUGACACGGCAGCUGUCAGUGGCACCAUCACAAACGAAAAGAGAGUAUCUUCUGUUACGUUUCUUUCAGAGUCUGUCCUUGCAGUGGCUGGAGAUGAAGAAGUUGUAAGAUUUUUUGACACUGAUUCAUUAAUGUGCCUCUGUGAAUUUAAAGCUCAUGAAAACAGGGUAAAAGACAUGUUCAGUUUUGAAAUCCCGGAGCAUCAUGUUAUUGUUACAGCAUCAAGUGAUGGUUUCAUCAAAAUGUGGAAGCUUGCACAGGAUAUGAAAGUUCCCCCAUCUUUACUUUGUGAAGUAAAUACUAACGCCAGGCUGACGUGCCUUGGAGUGUGGCUAGACAGCGUGACAGACGCGAAAGAAAGCCUCCCUCCCGCUGCAGAGCCUUCUGCUGUAAGUAAAGAACAACCCAAAGGCAGCAAAAAGGAAUCGGGUGAUGCGGUGCAAGAAGAAGCAAGGCAGUCAAAACCUAACACGAAGAAACGUGAUUUAACUGGUGUCAGUGAGAAGCCAACCACAGGAAGUGGCCUGGUGGCAGCCAAGAAGAGGAAAGUGGGAGAAAUCUUGGAAAAGAAGAGAAAAAAGAAGAAAAUAGGAGUAAUGCAGUGAAUCCCAAGUUUCUCCUGGGAGAAAAACUUUUUAGAUGGACUCGUUCUUUUCAUAUGUACCUAAUCCCUUCCCUCCCCCCUUCUUGUAAAAACUAGGAAUUUCCUCUUUGGAGAAAAUGUACAGCUCUAAAAAAAAAU